UGACGCCCGUGGAGGGACACCCAUCAGCCACGACCCGUCCUGACUUGGCGAAGCGGGUGCUCGGCGGGACGGGGAGCAGCGGCAGGAAAUUUUUAGAGGUGAGAAAAGGAGCUGCUGGAAGGUUGACUGUUCUUCUCCACCAGAAAUAUGUGCAGGAUCCAAACCUGUGGAGUUGGACCUGUGUGGGAGGAGGGAUCUGCUCAGUCUGGGAGAGCUGUUCACAUCCUUCAUUAGGUAUAAUCACAGAGGCCAGAGGCUCCAUCACGGCUCUCAAAUGUCUGGAGGAUGGUGAUUGUGGUCUACAGGCAGUGUCUGCGGGGCGAGAUGGCAAGGCGGGCACUGGCACUGGCACUCUGCCUGUCCCUGUCUGCGGUGGCAUCUGCCAACUGUGUCACCCAGUGCUCCCUCUGCGCAGCCCAGACCCGCGGUGCCGAGAGCAGCGUCCAGCCCCUGAUGUGCCUGUGGGAAUGCCAGGGCUCCUUGUCACCCGGCCCCGAGUGGGAGAUGUGCAGGAAGGCGCUGGCGCUCCUGGCCCCGCUGGUGGCCCUGGCUGAAGGGACAGAGCCAUCCCCGCAGGAGGCACAGGAGGAUGAGGCAGAGCCGGAGCAGGGUCUGGGCCCCGCAGAGCUGCCGCUGGCACCGGCCAAGCGCUACGGAGGAUUCAUGAAGAUGAUGUCCAAGGGGAAGCUGCUGUCCCUGCUCCGUGAGAACGCUCACAGCAAGGGCGGCCUCAGCAAGAAGUUCGGGGGCUUCAGCCGCAAGCCAGGGGAGCGAGCGGCCCCCGAGGACUACCCGGGGCCGGCAGGGGACGGGGAUGAAGAGCCCACGGGUGCUGGGGCUGAGGGCCAGGAGCAGCUGCACAAGCGCUACGGGGGCUUCAUGCGCCGCAUCCGGCCCAAGCUCAAGUGGGACAAUCAGAAGCGCUACGGGGGCUUCCUGCGGAGGCAGUUCAAGGUGAUCACACGGUCGGACGAGGACCCCAGCGCCUACUCAGGGGAGGUCUCAGACCUAUAGAGCCAGGCGUGGGACGGCAGCACCACGGUCCCCACACUGCCACCCCGACUGUGCCAUCGCCCCCAGCCCUGUCCCCUGCCCAGCCCGCUAUGGCUGGUGUCACCCUUGCCUCAUUCCCCCAGGGGACCAUGAGUUCCAUCCCCAGUUAUCUCUCUCUGGUUCACCUGCCCAUCCUGUGCACCGAAGGGACAGUGCCACUCCUCCGGGUGCUGGUGGUGUGGCUGUGGCCCAGCCCAGGGCUCCCGGGGGCACAUUGCUGAGGACACGUACCCUCCGUCCUCCCGCGGCUGCCGGAGCACAGCAGGGUCUGGAAACCAUCACAGCUGAGGUACAGGGCAGUGGGAUCUGAGCUCUGGGAAGGAUGAGCCAGGGCAGGAUCAGGGAGGUGGCUGCCAUCCGUGGCCAUGGGCAGAGGUGGCUGGUGGAACCACAGCACCAUCACCAGGUGCUCCAGCGGUGCUGAGCCCAGCCCCCGCUCCCCUUCCUGAGCCUCUCACAGUGUCCCACUGAUCCCAGCACCCACCUGUGCCCCUGGGUUCCCCCUCCAAGAACGACUCUAGAGGAAGGGUCAGCCCCUUGCCCCAACACCCAACUCCCCCCUGCAGUAAAUAAAAGGCAGAUGCCAACGAAGCUGAA